AUGAUCAGUGAAAAAGUUUUCCAUUAUUUGCUGAUCAUCAUGGCAGUGCAGGCCACCGUGUUCGGCAUGUUAACGCUCAGAUACGAUCGUCGCAAGCGAGAACUCUGUGUGUCCAAGCUGCUGGUUGUUUAUAGCAUUUGCCUAACGGUUGGCUUUGCCAUUACCUACCAGAGCACGCUGUUUCUGUUAGCGCAGGCUAGAUUUCGGUCGGGUUAUAAGCUCACGUUGGUUCACAUCAGUAUCACUGCUGUCCAGGGUCAGGUCGUGAUGUACUCGUUCAUAUCAUCGGCGGUUCGUCGCUAUCGUAAACGGUUCGAUGUGGCACUGAUAAUGAAGGAGCUACAGCAACUGCAGCACGAGUUAUUCAACGAAAAUGAGCUGAAACAGCAUUGGAAUAAGCUUCUUAUUCGCAAGAUGGGCACCAGCCAACUGAUCCUGAUCAGCGGUUUUGUGCUCGGUGUUACAGAGCUACUGCAGAGGAAUAGUGACGAUAACGUUUACGAAGAGAUCGGUCUGUUGAUAGUGUUUUACUAUCCCAAGAUUGCGAUUCAAUUCUCGAUCUCGAUGUAUUUCGGUGUCAUCAUGUUUCUGCAAAACCUACACUAUGCGUUGAACGAACGGCUGAAAGUGAUCGUGUAUGAACAUGAGGAGGAUUGCAGAAAAAUGCCUUUGCGGGGGUAUACUCGCACCCAGCGUGCGGUCUAUCUUCGCAGUAAGUUGGACUAUAUCUGUUUAGCACGAUGUCGCAUUGCGACAUGCUGCCGAAAGGUGCAUGGUUUCUACGAAAGGAUGCUCCUGUCGAGCAGCUUUCUCUGUAUGACUUUUAUCAUCUACCAGCUGUAUCUUUUUUUCGAAAUUUUUUACAUGCAUUUCCAAGCGGAAACUAAUCUGUCGGUCGUUGGUUUGCUCCAUGAGGCGAUGACGUGCGUGUUUUGCUUCUUUGAGAUAUACAGCAUGGCACAAGCUUGCGAAGCAGUACGCCAUCAGGUUAUAGCACAUUACUGGCGCCGUAAACCUGCUCUCCAAAUCUUUUCUCGUCUCUGCUGUCCAUUUCAGUCACGAAAGAUGCAAACGUUACUCCUCCGUUUGAACGUUCCGAAGAUGGAUCACAAAUUGAAGCAAUGCAUUGAAGUGUUUGCCCUGCAAACCCUACAUCAACCGAUCGAGUUUACUGCUUGCAAUAUGUUCAUCCUGGAUUAUACGGUGUUGUUUUCGAUCAUAGCUUCUGUCACCAAUUACCUCAUCAUUCUUGUGCAGUUUGAACUGGCAACCGAGAAAUGA